ACCAAAAAAGUAAAAUCACAAGAAAAAUAGUACAGACUAUAUAAAAAGUGAUGCAGAAAACUGUAAACCAAGAAAGAAACAUGGCAAAAGAACAAAACCACAUCUUCUCUUAUCUCCCUAGAACAGCAAACGCAUAACAAAAAUCACAUAAAAGAAAAUACUCACAUACCCAAAGAGAAAAAACAAACAAAGAAGAUGAAGGGUUUAGGAAAACCUAUUUCAAGUCCAGGAAGAACAGAGAAAUUAUUUCCACCACCAUUAAUGAGAUUCUUGAAAAGCAAUGUUGGAAGCAAAAGCAGUAGAAGGACACGUGCCAGUCCCAUGUUCAUGCGCAACAAAAACAAAAACAACAAAAAUGUUGUUGGUCUCGAAACAACUCAAGAACCUUCUUCACCAAAAGUCACUUGUAUAGGUCAAGUUCGUGGCACACGUCGGUCAAGUUCCACUAGGAAAAAAAAUCAGCAAAAAAAGCAAAAAAAACCGUGUUGUUGCAAUUUUCAAUGGAAAUUAAACAAACCAAAAUCGUUGUUUUCAAGUUUGAAGAAGUUGGUAUGUUGUUUUAGAUUUGGUUAUUGUAGAAAAAGAGUUGAAACUGUUGAUUCUUUGUCAAGAGUUGAGUCAACUCAAAGAGUUCAAACUCGAGUUAGUACAAGUAGUGUUACUACUAUUGAGAGUAUUGAAGAUGUUGUUGUUACCACAACUAUAGCAAAAACUGAAGAUGAAGAGGGAUUUGUUGGUCCACCAAAAAAUGCUUUGCUUUUGACUCGGUGUAGAUCAGCACCUUAUAGAUCUUCAUCAUUAGCAAGUAGAUUUUGGGAUUCACCUUUGAAUAACUCGUUGGAUUAUACUGAAUGUCAAAGACCCCAAAAUAAUUUUCAAGAACCGGAAGAAAUGUCAUUAGCAAGUACAUUUUGUGGUUCUCCGUUGAAUUCAUUGGAUACCAAGAGUCAAAGACCCCAAAAUAAUGUUCAAGAAUCCAAAGAAAAAUCAUUAGCAAGUAGAAUAUUGGAUACUGAGAGUCAAAUGCCCCAAAAUAAUGUUCAAGAAGCGAAAGAAAAAUUAUUAGCAAGUAGAUUUUGGGGUUCUCAGUUGAAUUCAUUGGAUACUGAGAGUCAAAGGCCCCAAAAUAAUGUUCAAGAACCGGAAGAAAAACCGGUUCUUGAAAACCCAAACCCCAUUUCACCAAAAGGUGAAAAUGGGGAUUUGGAGUGGAGAAAAAGCCAUGAGAGUGAAAAAAUGCAGAGUUCCAUUAAUGGUGAAAGUAGCAAAGAAGAAGAAAAUGGAGGUGCCUAUGUUCAUCCUUUAUUGCUCACAAGAUGUAAAUCAGAACCAGCAAGAACAGGUGAAAGGCUUAAUCCAACACGGUUUUGUGAACCUGAUCCUCAAAGUUGAUUUUUGCUUUUCUUCAUAUUAUUGCAAUAUACUUGUAUUUUUACAAGAAAUAUUACUUACUCUUGUAACUAAACUUUGUUUCUAUUGUAGUAAUUUUUUUUAAGGCAAUA